CAGGCUUUUAUCGCACGUAAGAAUUACAGCGCGCCCAGUACUGGGUUAUCGACCCAGCCUUCGCGGUGAGCCUGGGCGAGACAAGGGCGAUGUCGCGGUUGGUGGAGCUGCCAGGGCGGGGCAUCGCGCUGGAGGUGGACAUGCACACAUGCCGCGCUGCACCAGCGGGGCCAUCUCGCGGGGAGGCUGGCAGAGCAGGCGGGGCAGCACCGGUCGGCACGUCUGCUGCUGCUACUGCUACUGCCACCGCCGCCGUUGACAGCCGGCCGCUACUGCUGGUGCUACACCCCUGGGCCUGGCUGGGCGGCUGCAUGGACGACCACGUGGUCGUGUCCGUGUGCAGGGCCGCCAUUGCGAGUGGGCUCUUCUCACAGGUGGUCCGAUACAACAUGCGGGGCGCAGGCCAGUCCGGCGGCUCCCGCGCCUUCUUCCCCUCCGCCGACGCCGACGACCUCGUGGCCCUGGUGCAGCACUGCCUGCUGCCGCCGCCGCCGCCUGGCGUCUCGCCGCAGCAGCCACUGCCGCAGCCGCAACAGCAGCCACAGUCUGCCGCUGCGGCCGGCGCUGGCUCACAAGGGCAGGGCGCUGGAGAGCACGAGCGGCAAGUGCAGCCCCCCAGCCAGCAGCAACAGCAGCAGCAGCCACAGCCGCAGCAGCAACAGCAGCAGCAGCAGCAGCAGCAGCAGCAGCAGCAGCAGCAGCAGCAGCGGCGGCGGAUGGUGGUGGUGGCGUACAGCUAUGGCGGGGUGGUGGCGGGCCGGGCUGUGGGGGCGCUGCGGCCGCACCUGGAGGCCUUGGCGCUCAUCGCGCUGCCCAUGGGCACGCUGUGCCGCAUCUUCCUGGGCUCUGGGCCCGCCUGGGAGGCGGUGUCUGGAUCCGGAUCCGCCGCCGCAGCCGCCACGGUGGCUGGCCUGCCGCGGCUGGUGUGCUGCGGCGAGUACGACCAGUUUACGGAUGUACGGCAGUUGACGGCGGCGGUUGAAAAGGCCAACCGCAAGGACGGCGCCGCCGCGGUCGCGGCCGGCGUGCCUGGGGAGCCCGGCGGGGCCAGCGCUUCAAACUCUGCGGGCCAUGCAGCUGCCAACGGCUCCUCUUCAGCAGCAGCAGCAGCAGUAGCAGCAGCCGGCCAAGCAAAUUUGUCAGGAGGCGCCAGGCUUCCGAAUGGCGCCGCCGCCGCCGCCAUGCAGCUCGCCAUCUGGCCCGGCUGCGACCACUUCUUUGGCAGCUGCCUGGAUCCAGUGGCUCUAGCGGCGUCGGGCCUGGUGCCGCCGCCGGUGGCGGAGCUGCCGGAAGCUGCCGGUGCGGACGAGGCCGCUGGGCGGGAAGGUGGCGGAUACCAGGGGGCCGGGCCCGUGUCAGCGGCCUACACGGCCAGCUGGCUCGCCACGCGGCGGCCGGCGGUGCCGCUGGCCGAUUAUGUGGUGCGGUGGCUGGGCCGCGUGUGCGCGGGCGGCGGCGGCGGUGGUGGGAGCGGGGCCGGUAUUGGUGUUGGUGUUGGUGGUGCAGGAGGGGCUGCUGGGGACGAGGGAGCAUGUUAAGCGGCGGGUGUGGUGGCGGGCGCGAUUGGCGCGGGUUUGUGGAGGCGUGUCGGGUGAGGCGGGUAGGCUGCUGUGCUUCAUGUCCGGGACACGGCCCCCGCCUGCCUGGUUUUGGUGCAUGUGUAGAUGUGAUGUGGCUGCGUUGCAUGGGAUGGGGCCUGGCCUGGCGAUGAAGUAUGGCCG